GACACUUCUCGCCCAUCCGUUGUAAAGCCGGACAACAUAAAGUAGCACCGAUCAGUGUCAUCAUCAAAAAGGUCCGGUGCUAUCCCAGUCUCACCGCUACUCUCCAGAUGCUUCAUUCUAAGAGUCAACCGUUCCUCGAAGGCAUCAUCUCAAGCUGUCUUUGGUACAGGCAGAUCAAAGAAGAAAAGCUACUUGUCUGUUCUACAUACCUCUCAGAAAAGAGUCUGUCGUCCUUAUUGGACUAUAGACGAGACACUCUUGAGAAGUACUGGAUUGAAGCAUGCGAAGCUGCAGUUACGCUUCAUGAGUCUGGAAUACUCUACCUCAAUUGGAAAGUGGAUCAUUUAGUGGUGACUGAUCAAGAUCGUGUGAAGCUGUGCAACUUUGACUACGCCGUCGAUAUCCGUUCCUCCCGUCGGGGGCUGAGAGGAUCAUGCUCUGAGGAGUGGAGAGGAACGGAGGUUCCGGAUCACGUGAAAACUGGGCUGGAUCCAAGGAUAGCUCCCCCAGAGGUGCUAAAUGGGGAUGGACUGAUGCCGGAGUCAGAUACCUGGGGUCUUGGAUGCCUAUUGUAUCAGCUUUACAAUGGUGGAUGCCUCCCAUAUCCUGAUCUCAGGCACUUGAUUGAUGAUGCAAUUAGGGAGAAAAGGUUGACUGAAAAACAUUCCAAGCUUGUCCCUGCUUCACCAAAGAUCCAGUUGCUGUCUGAGAUGUGCUGGAAGAAAGAUCAGAUGGAGAGGAAGUCACCAGCAGAGUUGGUAACAUCGUUAAAUGUGUACAAGAAGAAAAUGGCAGAAACGAGGUACAGAUCACAUAAAACUGCUCAGCAGGAACAGUGAUUUUUGAUGUGUUUAUGGAGAUGGAAAAGAAACUUGAAAACAGUUCAGUUUCGCUGUCAUAAAACUUGAUAUCAAUGAGAAGUUACAUUGGCUAUUAUGCACUGAAGUCGUUGUAUUUGAUUGGCUGUGAGCAAGUUUUGAAACAAAAUAAAAAUGGGCACUUGUUAUUGAUAAGAAAGUUUGAUUAAAUAGAGCCUUGGAGUGUGGGGAAUACUUCUGCUUGCUGGAAGAUAUUCUUGAUAAAAGUCUUGAAGUUACUUCAGUGACUAAUGGAAGGCCAGGGACCAGUUUCACACAGCCUUUUUUCAAUGACAAAUGACAAAAAUCAGUGACAAACCUGCUGAUAACCAAUCAGAAGCAAGGAUUUCAUUUGUGACUGAUGACAAGUUUUGUGAAAUGGGGCCCUGAAGUUAUGUAUAAAUUACUGUAAUUAUGUGAGUUAAGUUUUGAUAUUAGUGAUGUCUUUGGUGCCCAUAUUAUUUCACA